UACAUGAAAUAUAGGAAGAGUAGGUGCGCGCAAAGCCUUCGACAUCCUAGAAAGCAGCGCCAGCUAGCUAACUUUUUUUUGUGUCACUGCUGCUAGCCACAUUCGGGACAUAGCUAGCGUUAGCUGCCUGCGUUCAGAAGUUCACAAGCCGUUAGCUAGCUAGCUACUUUUUUUGGCAGCAAAUGUUUUACCUGUUAACGUUUCGACUCUUUCAAAGCAGUCACUAGCUACACAAAAUAAAUGACUGUGGUUCAUCGUUUAUAAUAUCAGCAAUGUGUAAAAACAGAAAAUGUUUAGAACCAUCUUUAGUAAAAGAACAAACCAACCGGUAUCAGCCGUGGGGCGGCGGGGCGUUAUUUUUGAAAGCUGCGUCAUAGACGUUACCAAAUUAGGUAAAGGGGACUAACUAGUUAGAUAGCUAGUUAACGUUAUAUACAGUAGGAUCUAUGCCUUUGAUUCUAUAGCUAGUGGCCAGUUAUUAACUGAAGAUGAGUUUAGACACACUCUUUCAACAAAUCCUUCUAACUGAACAACAGUUAACUGAACAGACACAAAAAUUCAAAGAAGUCAAAGUAGCCAUUAUCAGAUACAAUGAGAAGAUCAAGAGUGCCACUGAGAAGAAUGAAAAGGCCAAUGAGGAACUUGAUACAAAGGCCCAGCAGUUGUCUGCAAUGAGGCUGCAGCAUGACCUGAUGAAGAAAUGUGAAGACCAGAUGUUGAAGCAAAUUGAGAAGCUGCUCGGUCAUCAGAGCCAACUCAGGGAACGUCUCGCCAAGAUAAAGUGGGAGUCUAAAGAGGAAAAGGAAAACUUCCUUCAAGAGAUCUCGAGGUUCAACAGUGACUUCAGUCUUCGAGAAACCAGAGACGUGGUGUUCAAGAGCCAAACACACACUGAGCUCUUGGACCUGGAGAGGGAGGUGGAGGCAUUAUACAAAGAGAUGGAGCUGAUGAGCCGCAGGAACAGUCGCAUGAGCUCCAUGCAGGAGGAGAAGAGAGUGCUCCAGCUCAAAAUGCAGGGCCUGUAUAACGUCCACCAAGACCUGGAUCAUCAGUUGAGUGAGGCUGAAGCAAUGACAGAAUCUCUGAGAGCCGAGAGCCUGUUUGUCAGUCAGAAACCUCUCACUGACAGCACCUGUCUGAGGCUGAGGGAGGAGCUGGAGAUGCAUAAAGAAGGAGAGCUUCUGCAAAAGGCCCUCAGCUCUGAAAUACACUUCCUGAAGUCUGUAAGUUGUUGUUUUAUGAACAGCUUAGCUUUUUUAUUCAAGAUAAUAAACAGUUAAAACUGUUUUAAAUAGGACAAUGUUAUUCAUGUAUCUGGAUCCACAUCACUAAUUAGACCACAAUUUAAUUCACACUAACUGUAUUCUGAGUCUCUACUACAUCUCAUCAAUGUUAUAGAUUUUUUUUUUCAUGUAUAUGUUAUCACCAUACCACUUUCGCAUAUCCAUCGACUUACUUACACCUCACUUUGCGCCGGUUUUGGAUUGCCUACUUAAUCUGUACCUUUGUAGCCUAUUGUAUUCUGUUUUCUUGCACUAUAUUGAAUGUGAAACUGUAGGUUGUCUCGUACGCUUAUGCAUUUCUUGGCCAGGUUGCAAAUGAGAACCUGUUCUUAAUGGCCUACCUGGUUAAAUAAAGGUUCAAUAAAAAAUUUAAAAAUAUUCAGCCAGAAUCAGAUUAUUUGCAUGUCAGACCAGGGCAGAAAAGUAAUAUCUUUCAAAUAGAGCUAUGGUGGAGCACAUCGUGAUUCAUUGUCAACAUGUAACCGUGGAAAACUUUAGUGGGUU